UCACAAUACAGGUUUAAGGACCGCCCAGGAUUGAUGUGAUUUGCUGAUGAACAGUCAACACGAACUUCAGCAGCUCGGUAGACAGAGCGUCGUUCUGGCAUCGGAGUGUCAGAGAAGGAUCUGAUGGAGGGAGCAGCUCCAGGACAGUCUCUAUACACAGCCUGCUGCUGCUAACAGCCAGGUGAACGUUCCCAAACAGUGAAAAGCUGCGCAGAAUAUAGGCUUUGGGACGGGGAGAAGGGGUCAGAAGUUUUAAUAUUCCUACAAAUAUGAAGCAAAACUGGGUUCAAACCAACGGUGCACCACCAAUCUUCACUCUGUAGAACGGUUCUCAGCAGCGCCCUUCACCCUGAGAGGGGGAAUUUCAGCUCACACCUUGGACGGACCUGUAGCCAUGGAGCAAGUCUCGAGUCUGCCCACAGGGAACGGCACCAAUUUGACAGAAGCGCUGGGCCACGCGUUUCAGUACUCGCUGUCGUCCAGCGACGUGCUCUAUAGCGACUACGAACCCCCUCAGAAAGAACUCAUCCCUCUGCCCAAAGCUGUGCUCUACCUACUCAUGGCGGCCCUGGUGGUGGUGGCAGUGGCUUAUGCCAUCGUGGGCCAUCUCCUUAAAGACCUCGCACACGACUUUGCAGAUUGCAUAUUUGGUCCGAGGCAGCAUGACACAGAGACUGGCAAUGACCUGAAGUGCAUCACUCGUGAAACACUGUUGUACCCACUCCAGAAUCAGGAGGCAAUCCAAAUCCCAGAAGAAAACCAAACACUGCAUUUACCACAAGAGACAUGACUUCACAACUAGGAACCGAGGGAUGGAUUAACCAAAGUGGACUCGAACGGCAAAAUCCUCAUCCCAUCAUGAGCACCAACUGAAUUCAGUCUAAUGGCAUCAGCUGCCAUCACCACUCAGUUAGUUUCUUGUAAACUGAAUGUUGACAAAUUAACUUGCGACUUUCUGAAACCUUAAUGUAUUUCCUGAUGUAGCAGAAGUAACUGUACAAUACAUACGUAUAAAUAACAAAAACACCUGGCCAGUGCAUUUAUGAAUAGAAUGGGAAGUUGUCAAGGGAAAGCUGUGCAUUUAUAUACCACCUUUUAACAUAGGGCAAAAUAUCCCACGUUACUUCAUCGGAGGGAACAUCAGAUGAAUUUAACCCUCAAACCUCACAUUUUGCAAUUUUAACUCUGCCAGAUGAGAAUCCAAUUGUUUUUUGAAUGCCCCUAGAGGCUAGGUCACAAUUCCCUCCUGAUCAGACUAUUCCAGAUAUUUGUACAAAAGCAUUUUUUCUGCAUUUUUCUCUAGCUUAUCCUCAAAACCAUUUCUUCCAAUCUUCUUCCUUGUAUCAAUGAAAUAUUUGGAAUUUAUCUUCAGAGUAUUUUAUAUAUUUUGCUUAAUUUGCUUGCUGUCUCGGCUGCAAUUAGCAUCAAUCCUUCCUCUCAGCUAAUCUCUCCUCGUAUUUGGAAUAAUUUCCUGUUGUAUCUACCCCGAAGGCUUGCACACCUAUGAAAUUCUGUUACUUCAAGCAAAUGUUCUAGGCUUUGGGCUCCUUUCAGCAGUUUCCACUCAUAUGACUGCAGCAUCUCAGCAGCACUUAACCGAGGGCCAUGCCGGCAGCACUCGGCAAUGAACGAGUAAAAGUGAUGACAUGUCAUAGCGUCAAAAGGGUCCUACGCUGGUAAAGUGAAACUGCACUGAAAAAUUAUCAAUUGUUAACUUGAAUGAGUGAUUUAGUAUGGUGCAACAUCCUAUGAGUCCCUGGGCUUGUUUGGCACUGUGACAGCAUCCCCUAUCUGAGCCAGAAGGUCCAGGUUCAAGUCCUACCUGAGCUGCAGGUGUUUCACAACAUAACCAAACAAGCCAAUUAAAAUAACUCUUACAAAUCCAUUCUUACCAUGUGCUGCUCUUCCCAGCCGUUGCAAUUGUUUAUGGAAAUGUUGGCAAUAUCUUCCAGAGUGCACUUGUUCCUAUUCCCAGCUUUAUUAAACAUUCUUUGUCUGCAAGACCUGCACUGGC